CUUAUGUGUACACACACACACACAUAGUAAAGUUGAGACCUGAAGUUAUGCACCUUUUAUCUUCCGGAGGUUUAUUAUUAUUUUUUUAGUGUGUGUGUGUCAUAGUGGGCGGAGAAGGAAAGAGGCAUGUGUUUCAGGUUAUAAAGCUAAAGUUAUGAGCGUCGCCUGAUCCACUGAAGCUGUCAGUAAUGAGACUGAAAAACAACCAGGAAAUAAACCACGGAAUUAUUAAUUAAAGCAGAUUUAUUCCAAACAGAGACUUGGGCAAAACAAGAAUGUCUUAUAAAUAUCCAGGAAAUAUGUCUCUUUACGUAGGUGUGAGCACGUUGGUGCUGCCGGAGAGCUCCAUGGCUCAGUUUCAGGAAGUGAUGCGUCAGCAGCUGGAGAGCUCCAUGCACACCGAGCUGGAGAAGCUGUCGAAUACGGCGAAAGGAGCCGACGCUGAGAUCUGUAAGAAGAACUUUGAGGGCUUUAAGAAGCUCUUCCACAGGUUCCUGCAGGUGAAAGGACCUUCAGUGGAAUGGGCCAAAAUCAACAGGCCUCCAGAGGACUCGAUCCAGCCGUAUGAGAAAAUCAAAGAGAAGGGUUUACCCGAGAGCGUAGCCGACAGCUUGAACAAGCUGGUGGUGGUGAAGCUGAAUGGAGGUCUGGGCACCAGUAUGGGCUGCAAAGGGCCAAAAAGUCUCAUCAGCGUCCGAAACGAAAACACGUUCCUGGACCUGACUGUACAGCAAAUUGAGCACCUGAACAAGACGUACAACACGGACGUCCCGUUGGUCCUAAUGAACUCAUUCAACACUGACGAGGACACCAGGAAGAUCCUGCAGAAAUACACACACCACCGGGUCAAGAUACACACCUUCAAUCAGAGCAGGUAUCCCAGGGUCAAUAAGGAGUCUCUGCUGCCUGUGGCGAAAGACGUGGGCAUGAUCGGAGAGAGCGCUGAGGGCUGGUACCCACCCGGACACGGAGACAUCUACGCCAGCUUCUAUAACUCUGGCCUGCUGGAGCAGCUCAUCGCUGAGGGGAAGGAGUACAUCUUCGUGUCCAACAUCGACAACCUGGGUGCCACCGUGGACCUGCACAUCCUCAACCAUCUGGUGAGCCAACCCAACGGCAAGCGCUGCGAGUUCAUCAUGGAGGUCACGGACAAGACCAGGGCCGACGUCAAGGGAGGGACUCUGAUUCAGUACGACGGGAAGCUGAGGUUACUCGAGAUCGCACAGGUUCCCAAAGCUCACGUGGACGAGUUCAAAUCCGUCUCCAAGUUCAAGAUCUUCAACACCAACAACCUGUGGAUCUCGCUGGCCGCCAUCAAGAGACUGCAGCAGCAGAACGCCAUGGACAUGGAAAUCAUCGUGAAUCCAAAGACCCUGAACGGCGGCCUGAACGUGAUCCAGCUGGAGACGGCUGUAGGCGCCGCUAUCAAGUGCUUCGAAAACGCUCUGGGCAUCAACGUUCCUCGUAGCCGCUUCUUGCCAGUCAAAACCACCUCUGAUCUGCUAUUGGUUAUGUCCAACCUGUAUAGCCUGGAGGCGGGGUCUCUCACCAUGAGCGAGAAGAGAGAGUUCCCCACGACGCCACACGUCAAACUGGGCAGCUCCUUCACCAAGGUACAGGAAUAUCUGACACGCUUCGAGAGUAUUCCUGACAUGCUGGAGCUGGAUCACCUCACCGUAUCCGGAGAUGUGACAUUUGGAAAAAACGUUUCUCUGAAGGGAACGGUGAUCAUCAUCGCCAAUCACGGGGACAGGAUCGACAUCCCAGCCGGCUCCAUGCUGGAAAAUAAAAUAGUCUCCGGAAACCUGCGCAUCCUGGAUCACUGACGGCUCUAGUCACAUGACCUCACUUCACCUGUCUGUCCCGCCUCACGACAGAGAGACAGUGCCUCGGACACGUCCUCUCAGACUUAUUUUUGUAUCAUUCUGUAUCAAGUUACUGUACAAAAUACAACUCUUCUUCAUCCACUGCUUUUGUUUUUCUAUUCAGAGAGAUCAGUAUUUUCUCUUUGUGCACUUUGUGGCAUUGUAGACUGUCCUAAAUCUCACCUGUUUAAAAAAAAAAAGUGAAAGCAAUAAGCUUUUGAUCACAGUGAACAGUUCUGGAACAAAAUAAAGUGCAAUAUGGAACAAAA